UAGAAUGUUACGAUAAUUUAUUCUCGCGCGUAUAACAUAUACACUAUUGUCCGCACUUAUCAUAAUAGUUUCCAAUAUGCGAAAAUUAAACUUAUUUAUAGGUCAGGCCGCUGUUAUCUUCAUUGGUUAAAAUUUUCGCCAUUGUUCGAAUUUACCGCAAUGGUUUUUCAACCGAAAAAUAUGCCCUUAAAGUCAACGUCAUUAAAAAACUAAUUCGAGACUUGUUUCGUGUUUGUUUAAUCGUACUUUGCUACUGAAGGCGCAUUCAACUUUGUAACAUAAAAUAAAAAGCCAAACCCCACGAUUAUCUGCGAGUGAUCGACAAACUAAAAUCCACCCUGCGCUAACUUACUGGUAUUCUACUUAACUUUUUUAACCACUCGACGCGAACGGUAGCGUGGUUUAACGCGCAUUGCCUCACGGUCCCAACUACUUAUUCUAACUCUCAGAUCAUGGACGGAUUAAUCAUAGUCUGUAAUUCCUAACCAUCAAACUCGUGUUCUGCAAAGAACCAUGUUCAUGGAGAUUUGCCCCUAACGCCCUAUGCUGAAAGUCAAGAGCUAGAGCCCCAGGACCUUCAGGGUUUUCUGCCCUCAUUUGCACUUACCAACUCCUUUACUGGAUUUUCCUCAUACGCUCUGUGGUGCUUUCCAUUAUUCCAUUCCAAUUCCUUAUUGUGGAAUUCUGACAAGCAAUGAAUUUAGUUUGCAAUGUUUGGUGCAAAGAGGUUGCCUUUUUUCAGGUACUGAAGCUGCCCAUGUUCAACAAGUCUGUGUCAGAUUUCUUCCGAUCAAUCGUAAGCGACACCAUUCGGACCAGAGAGGAACAAAACAUCGUGCGUCCGGACAUGAUCCACUUGCUGAUGCAGGCUCGCGCGGGACAGCUAGAUCGCGAGAAGGACGCCUCGGUGCCUGAAACGGGAUUCGCCACCGUCCAAGAGUCGGAGGUGGGCAAAAAUUUCCAGCAACGCAAAGACGGCAUAACAAACGACGAUAUCACGGCGCAAGUUUUGCUCUUCUUCUUUGCCGGAUUCGACAGCGUUUCGACAAUGAUGUGCUACGCCGUCUACGAGUUGACGCUUCAGCCGGAACUGCAGGCGAGGUUGCGGCGAGAGGUGGACGAGGCGUUUUCACAAUGCGGCGACGAUCUCACGUAUGACGUUCUGAUGAGCAUGAAGUAUUUGGAUCAAGUGAUUUGUGAAACGUUGCGAAAAUGGCCGUCGUUCAUUGGGACCAAUCGAAGAUGCGUCCGCCCGUUCCUAAUUCAACCGAAACGAUCGGGCGAAAGUGUGUUGUACUUAGAGUCCGGAAGUGUCGUGUCCAUUCCUAUCUUCGCCAUUCAGAGGGACCCCAAGUUUUACCCAAACCCUGAAAAAUUUGACCCUGGGCGUUUUAGCGAGGAGAAUAAGAACAACAUUGUUCCGUACACGUAUUUACCCUUCGGCGCUGGACCUAGAAACUGCAUCGGUUCUCGAUUUGCUUUGAUGGAAGGAAAGUUGAUCGUCGCCGAAUUGAUUCGAAAAUUCGAAUUUGUAGUCGUGGAACAGACAAAAGUUCCGAUAGUCCUUAGCAAGACAAAUUUUAAUCCCAUACCCGACGAUGGGUUUUGGGUUGGGCUAAAGCCACGCACGUUGUAAAGCGCAAUAUCGUUGUAAAUUGUUUCUAGAUCGUAAUCAUAAAAGUACAACCAUAAAUCGUGAAUGUAGUAAGUGCAAGUUGUAGUUUCUUAUGAUAAAAGCGCCAUUUCGCUAAUGUAUUUUUAAAUAAAGUAGAAAAUCCUUUAAAGCAACA